AUGGGUGGCAUGGGUGCAAUCCACGAAGCAAACGAUUUCGUGAUUUACAAUGACAAUUCAACAAUGACAUUCAGCCUCGUACAUGCCGCUGUAGACCGGGGUAUUCAGCGUUUCUUCUAUGCAUCCUCCGCCUGUGUUUAUCCAACAUCAUUGCAGCACCAUGGAACGAAUCCCGUAUCCCUCCGCGAGCAUGAUGUAUGGUCUUCCGGAGCCCCAAACCCGCAAGGCCUCUAUGGUCUUGAAAAGCUGAACUCCGAGCUGCUUUUGAUGCAGUUUGUCGAGAAGAUGCAGAUACGCAUUGCUCGAUUUCAUAACAUUUUUGGCCCAUAUGGCGCAUGGGUUGGUGGGCAUGAAAAAGCGCCCGCUUCGCAGCUCAGAAAGGCGCUUGCUGCACACAUGGAUCCUAGCACCCAGCAUGAAAUCGAGAUCUGGGGAGAUGGGAAGCAACAGCGAAGCUUCCUCUACAUUGACAAUUGCAUGGACGUAGGAGAUCUUCAUUUCAGAUACAUGGAUGAUUCUCGUCCUGUUGGCGUCCAUGCCCGUAAUUCAAACAACGAGUUCAUCACGAAGACAUUGAGCUGGACUCCGAAGAUAACUCUCGAGGUCCGAGGGGAGAUGGAGAAGAUGCUCAGUGAUAACGCCAAGACUGCCCAGACAGAGCUGCUGAGCAGUUUUAAAACGAGCAAGGUCAUAUACUUGAAUCGGCCCACCAUUAUAUUCGCCAUCCUACUUCCCAUCACAUCCCGUGGUCUCGAGGGACCGGAGAAGAGCCUCGAUAACCUUCGGAUCUUUGCAAAGUCUCUUGUGCGCACCACAUGGCGUGACACUCGUGAACUUGGACUCGUCCACUUUCAGGUGAAGAUAUACUUGGGAAUUGAUGCAGAUGAUGAGUUUCUCCUGCGCCCCGCGGGAAACGGUGAAAUGUUGAACAUUGAAUCGCUCUUAUCGGAAGAGGGAAUCACGGAUGUUUCUACCGAGAUCUGCAACGUAUCCCGUGGUCAUGUUUGCGCCAUUUGGCGCCAGUGUGCACACCGGGCUUGGAAGGAAAAGGCAGACUAUCUUGUUCUAAUGGGCGAUGAUGUCGUUCUCCUCGAUGAAGGCUGGAUGAGAGACAUCCACGAACAGUUCACGCUGAUUGCACAGCACGAACAUGUCCCUCAAGGCAUGGGAUGUGUCGCCUUCACAGAUGUGACUUUUCCCGGAAUGCCCACGUUCCCCGUUAUCCACCGCACUCAUAUGGACACCUUUGGCGGCCAAGUCAUACCCAAGGUUUUUAUUAAUCAAGAUGGGGACCCAUUCCUCUUCCAGCUGUACCGCAAAUGGGGCUGCUCUCGAAUGAUACCCUCAAGACUUUCCAAUGGCAUUGGCGGAAGCCUACCUGCACGCUACAUCCAACAACAUGCAGAUGGAUGGACGUUCGGCCCGUUGACCGAAGCGGCAUCAGUGCUGGAAGCAUCGUUGGCGACGUCUUUCCCAGCCGCUACUCGCAAAAUGACCCUGGACAUCGUCAUUCCAAGCUACCGGGUUGUGCUCGCUUUCCUCGAUCCCAUCCUCGCCCUCAAGGAGUCUCCAACUUGUGAUACUAUGUUCAUAGUCAUCAUUGACAACCCGCACUCACCGAAAAUCACCGAGCUAGAGGCAAAAUAUGCCCAUCGCUCAGAUGUUCGCAUCCGUGUCAAUGAGAGUAACCUUGGCGCCUCGGCGUCACGAAACAGAGGCAUGAAGGAAUCUGCCGCAGAUUGGAUUCUAUUUCUUGACGACGAUAUCACGCCUCAAGGUGACAUUCUGAUCGAGGCCGAGAAAGCCAUUCGUUCGAAUCCACAGGCUGCUGGUUUCAUUGGAAACAUUUAUUUCCCAGUUGCCAGCACUAUCUUCACUAACGCCGUUCAUCUUGCUGGCGUGACUUACUUUUGGGACAUCGCCGUGAAGAUGCCACAGAACGAGAGUGACAUGCCCUGGGGUGUCACAGCCAAUCUCAUCGCCCGUCGUGUUCAAGAUGGUGUGGAAUUUGACUUACAAUUCCCGAAAACAGGCGGAGGAGAAGAUAUCGAUUUCUGUCGGAAGAAGCGCGACUUCUCUGUUGCUCACGGGGGCGAAGGUUUUUAUCCCGCUCCUCGUGUCGUCGCGACUCACCCUUGGUGGAGUGAUGGUCAAAGAUCGUACUGGCGUUUUUACAUGUGGUCCAAAGGCGACGGGGGGCUCAUCAAGCUCUACCCAAAUCUGACGUAUCUAGAUCAAUCUCCCAACAGCGCAGAGCUGCUCUUGAUCAGCACAGCAUCGACAGUCCUAGGCGCGUUAAUGUACCUCUUCACAAGGAGCUCUAUCGUGUUCAUUGUUUCAAUGAGCCUCGCAAUGGCGACGGUCAUUGCAAACAUAGUGCACGAUAUGUACCGUCAUUUGUGGAGAGAUACGAAUCGCACAGAAGCUCUCAGGUCUUCACUGAGAGGACCAGGAUGGGCUGUCGCAGUCGCCGAAAGUGCGCUGAUCAGGAUGGCGAGCGAGGGUGGGAGGUUGAUCGGCUUACUUGAGCGUGGAGAAAUUAUGCUCAUUGGGCACAGGUUUGACUGGUUUACAGGGAGGGCAGGAGACGCUCCGAUGAACGAAGAAAUAAUGAAUGGACAACAGAGAAUGGCGCUGGUGGCUCUCAUCUUUGGUGUGUUGUGUUUCAAGUUUUGCUACUAG